AUGAAUGAUACGUUGGAGCAUGAUGCAAGUAUUGUUGUAGCUUGUGACAUGGGCUACUCUACUGGUAUUGGCAUUCUAACAGAGCUCUUGUGUAAUGAUGGGACUCUUUCGCCACCUCCCCCUGUCUGUUAUGAAAUCUGUGACUUACUAGAAAUUCCUUUCUCAAAUCAUACAAUGAAUGAUACGUUGGAGCAUGAUGCAAGUAUCGUUGUAGCUUGUGACAUGGGCUACUCUACUGGUAUGGGCAUUCUAACAGAACUCUUGUGUAAUGAUGGGACUCUUUCUCCAUCUCCUCCUGUCUGUUAUGAAAUCUGUGACUUACUAGAAAUUCCUUUCUCAAAUCAUACAAUGAAUGAUACGUUGGAGCAUGAUGCAAGUAUCGUUGUAGCUUGUGGCAUGGGCUACUCUACUGGUAUGGGCAUUGUAACAGAGCUCUUGUGUAAUGAUGGGACUCUUUCUCCAUCUCCUCCUGUCUGUUAUGAAAACUGUGACUUACUAGAAAUUCCUUUCUCAAAUCAUACAAUGAAUGAUACGUUGGAGCAUGAUGCAAGUAUCGUUGUAGCUUGUGACAUGGGCUACUCUACUGGUAUGGGCAUUGUAACAGAGCUCUUGUGUAAUGAUGGGACUCUUUCUCCAUCUCCUCCUGUCUGUUAUGAAAACUGUGACUUACUAGAAAUUCCGUUCUCAAAUCAUACAAUGAAUGAUACGUUGGAGCAUGAUGCAAGUAUUGUUGUAGCUUGUGACAUGGGCUACUCUACUGGUAUGGGCAUUCUAACAGAGCUCUUGUGUAAUGAUGGGACUCUUUCUCCAUCUCCUCCUGUCUGUUAUGGUAAGAUCCUUUCAAUCUUGAAUAAAGCUGCCAAAUCAGAAGAACAAGAUUUGUUUAGAAAAUGUCAAUCUGCAAACCACAUGUAUUUUGCUUUGUAG